UCCCUUUCCAGAAGAUUUUCUCGGGAAAACUCGAAUCAGGAGAAAGUGAAGUAAUGGAGGAAUCUUUGAAAGCAUUGCGAAUUAGGUUGAAAGCGAGAAAGAUUCUUGUGAGUUCAAGCCACAAUGAACUAGCGAUUGUUGUGGAUCGACUCUUUCUGCGUAAAGAAUCCGAAGGAUAUCAAACCGCGCGAGCUCUGUACGAUCACUGCGUCGCUAAUUUCCCAGAUUGCUUAGCGUUAAAGCUUCUUCAGGUGUAUCAGCCUUCUUCCGAUGGCGUUACAAGAUUCCGAUCGAUCUAUCAACUCUCCGAAACCCUCACCGAUUUGAUUUCUUCCGAUGACUUCAAACUCUCUCUCGACUCUCUCUAUGAAAUCAAAAGGGCUUUGAUUCCGUGCUUGGAGAUGCAAGAAACCGAAGAAUCUGACAUCAAGAUCCUCAGAAGAAUCGUGUCUUGUGUAGCUUACAAUGUCGUGGAGUUGCAUAAAGAGGAAUGGGACGAGCUCGGUGAUUGUAUCUUAACACUGGCGAGUAGCGAACCUGUGAACGCUUUUCACGUUUUUGUUGAUUUGCCAACAGUCUACAAGGGUUUCAUCAACAAGUUUAAGCACAAAAUCUUGGAGGAAGCGAGUAAGGUCUUUCUUGAUCCUUAUAGAGUCGAACAUUGGAGCUUGGCUUUGCAAACUCUUGUUAAAAUGUGGAUUCAUCUGGUGAAUAUAGGGGUGAGGGUCGAGUUGAUUGUUGUGUUAAUGGAUAUUCAGGUUCCCCCUUUUGUGAGUUCAGUAAAGAAGCUAGUUGACAAGGAAAAGGAACAUUUUUUGGUAAAAGGGCUUGAAGAUUUCGAGAGGUUCUUCUCACGAGACAUGAGUCUGUAUCAUUACACUACGGAUCAGUGCCGUUUUGUGUCGACUUUAAUGAGCAAGAUCGAAGGAGUUGGGACUCAUUUGACCAAGGAGGUUGUGAUGAGGAUCCAAAUGCUGGUUACAGGACAGGAAAGUCCAGUCAUCAAACCCCAUGAUGAUGAUCUUAACAAUCGUUUUGACUGUGGCUGGAAUGAUCAUUUGAAGAAUUUAUCUUCGCUGGAAGUCUUGAGAAUCUUUGCGGCAACUGAACUUGAAGAUAGGUCCAGAGAGAUAGCUAUCAGACGGCUCAAGGUCUUACUAUCUGAUCACACUUCAGAGAAGGUGGAAAUAGAUGCUGCAGAGAUAAGAGAACUCCUACCAUUGCUCAUCUCUUGCUUAAAGGAAGGAGUUUCCGACAGUAUGUUCAAAGUCCUAGCUGAGGUGAUGGACGAUGUUACGUAUGAGAUGAUGAUCUGCCAAGAUGAUGAAUGCUAUGAGCUACGCGAUUAUAUUGCAUCGAGUACAACAGAGUUUCAGAGAGCGGUUUGUAUCUUCCAAUGCUUAUCAGUUGAACUUGUUGAUGCAGAUUUUUUGUACCCUGUGAUGGAUAAACUUUUCCCUGAGAUAAUGAAAGGGCUAGAGCCACCAGGAGAGUUGUUGGUAGAUAACAGUUUCUGGGUCUCGGCGUUUACCGGUGGCUUCUGUGCAGCAGCUCACUUGAUAGAGGGCCCAGGUAACAGUGUCGUCGUUAGCACGAUUGCACAUAAGAUGAUAGAUUCUGUAGAAAAUCUUGUUGAAAGACAAAUGGAAGUUGGGCUUGUGAGGAGAGCUUUCAGAGAUGUUGAAACCAUUGUGAAGAAACAGUUGGUAUGGUACAGCACAAGCGAAUACAAAUUCCUUAAGGCUCUGCUUUGGAGACUGUAUUCAAUCGAAGGGAUGAAAUGGGAAAGUAAGAUUGUACUGUGGAGAAUCAACGUGGUAGUCGAGAGAGAUGUGGAAGAGGAGAAGAAAGAGCUACCAAAGGAGGGUGAGUUUGAUUGGUCGAACUUUACAGUUGAAAAGGUUGAAUAGAACACUAGUUUUUUUCUUUUUUGUUGGGUGUAUAGUCUGAAAUUGUGCAGAGUCUUAGUUUUUUGGUGUUUAGUUUGCUUGGAGAACAAAUUUGUAAAGAAAGAGAUAGAUAGAGUGCCGGAAUAUGUACUUAGUUCUUGAAACACUUCAAUAAAAGCUUCCCAUUUUUUCCCUUCACUAAAUACUUUUGUCUUGAGAGUUCACUUGAUGCUUUAACUUGUAACUAUCAGAACAAGUUCUACACUCGGCCUCUGUCUUAAGUACAGUGGCUGUUCCUUUCACUGAAAUUUCUUCCUCCAAUGUAGUAG